AUCAACAACAUGAGCAAACAAGUCGCUUUGGAACGAGAAUUGGCCCAGUUGACUCAGAUCAACCUGGUAGUGGGCAAGUUGGUAAGUACAAUCCAAACCGCCAACAGCGAUAUUCACAAGGUGCACGGAUCCAUUAAUAACACCAACGAACUUCUUUUCAAAUGGGUUCAGAUCUUAAGUCAAACCACCUAUACCAAAGACAUUAUCAGCAAUUCCAACUGGAAUGGUGAGGACAUAGACUUGGACAAGAAACUCACAGAAGAAGCUGAGUUGAAGAGGCAGUUGAACGAGUUGGAACGAGAGAAUGAGCAGUUGGCUGACCGUUUAGAGCAGGAUGACACCAAGAGAAGAAGAAUAUAGAACCAAUGCUACUGUACCAUAUACAACAAUUACUAUACCACUGUGCCAUACACAACAAAUAUAGUACUACUGUACCAUACACAACACUAUCUAACUGACUACUGUACCUUAUACUCAACAUUAUAUUACUAUACUAUAAUAAAUAUCCAAAAGUCAAAUCAAUACACGAGUCAUGUACUACUUCAAGAUGUUGGUGAUCAUGUCGGCAGCAUCCACACUAUCACCUUCUUUAAUUAACACUUCACCAAUCUUACCAGAAACUGGAGCACUGAUAACCAUCUCCAUUUUCAUGGCACUCAACACGGCAACUGGGUCACCCUUCUUGACUUCUUGACCAGUCUUGCAUCUGAUUUCCACCACAACACCAGCCAUUGGUGCACCCACAUCGUUUGGUUGAGAGGCCUUUGGUCUGGUUUUGGUUUCAACAGAAGCCGUCUUGGCUUCACUGACGGCUCUGUUGAAAGCAUCUUCCACACUGUCACCUUCUCUGACCACUCUCAUACCUCUACCACCACCUCCAAACGCCGCCUUGAUGAUGACGGGAUACCCGUACUUUUCAACAAACUUGGUGGCAUCUUCAACCGACUCAAUGGGCCCAGGGGUUCCGGGAACCACAGGCACGUCGUUCUUGAUGGCCAAGGUACGGGCACUGACCUUAUCUCCGACCUCGUCAAUUGUUUUCCACGAAGGUCCGAUCCACACAAUGCCGGCCUCCUCAAC